GUACGGUUACCAAGGGGACGACAGAGCGAGUCCAUGACGGAAAGAUAAUGCGUCUUAAGCCUGAAGUAAAGACGUAGAUAACUCUCCGAAUAAUAAUCAUCACAAAGACGUAGCCGUUAAGAAUAAACCAAGCUGCAAUGGCAUCUAUGUUGGAUGCUCUUUGGGAAGACAGGGAUGUUAGGUUCGAUAUUACUGCGCAGCAAAUGAAAACGAGACCAGGCGAAGUGCUCAUAGACUGCUUAGAUUCAAUUGAAGACACUAAAGGAAAUAAUGGAGACAGAGGGAGGCUUCUUGUGACAAAUCUGAGAAUCAUCUGGCACUCUUUGGCUCUACCCAGAGUCAAUUUGUCUGUGGGAUACAACUCAAUUAUUAAUAUUACCACAAGAACUGCUAAUUCAAAACUGAGGGGGCAGACUGAAGCACUGUACAUAUUAACCAAGAGCAAUAACACCAGGUUUGAGUUUAUUUUCACCAGCGUGGUUCCUGGAAGUCCUAGGUUGUUCACAUCCGUCAUUGCAGUGCACAGGGCUUAUGAAACCUCAAAGAUGUACCGUGACUUGAAGUUGAGAGCAGCUCUUGUUCAUAACAAACAGCUGAGACUAUUGCCUCAAGAACAGGUUUAUGACAAAAUUAACGGAGUGUGGAACUUAUCCAGCGACCAGGGUAACCUGGGAACCUUUUUCAUCACAAAUGUGCGAAUUGUGUGGCACGCCAACAUGAACGAGAGCUUCAAUGUCAGCAUCCCUUACCUGCAGAUUCGUUCCAUCAAGAUCAGAGAUUCCAAAUUUGGACUGGCGUUAGUGAUAGAAAGCUCUCAGCAGACAGGUGGGUAUGUACUCGGUUUCAAGAUCGACCCCAUAGAGAAACUACAGGAUGUGGUGAAAGAGAUCAACUCUCUGCACAAGGUUUACUCUGCAAGUCCCAUCUUUGGAGUAGAGUAUGAGAUGGAAGAAAAGCCACAGCCACUGGAGGAGCUGACGGUGGAGCAGCCUGCCGACGACGUGGAGAUCGAGCCAGAUGAGCAGACAGAUGCUUUCACGGCAUACUUUGCAGAUGGCCAUAAGCAACAAGACAGAGAAGCAGUGUUCUGUGAAGAGCUUGGACUGGCCAUUGAGAAGCUGAAAGAGGGAUUUACACUGCAGGGACUCUGGGAAGUCGUGCCUUAAAAACAUCAUCUGCUUUUCUUUUUUUGUACUUUUGCUGUCGCGGUUUCAGCUCCGAACGUCAAUGCUUUUAUUACUGAGUUUCUACAUGGGACAGAAUGGGAGUGUGGCUGUUAAUUUAUAAUGUACACAUGUACAAAGCAUUUUGUGAUAUCGGUACGAUAAUUAAAGUGUUACAUUCUGAAUAUUUCAGUAUUUUGAAGGAACGUGUAUUGUCUCAGUACUGGUGAGUUGUCUUAUGCUUGCUUAUUUCCUCCUAUAUGCUGUAUUUGUAUCUGUAAAUAACAAAUAUAAGUACCAUUUUAGAA